AUGGCUACCUAUGCUGUCAGCUCUGUUGACAUCGUUCAAUCAUCUCGACGGGCUCUCAAUGACAUUGUCAAGCUUGACAUGAUGAUGCAAGAGAACUCUGGGCGGAUCAUCGAAGUUUGGAUGCAAUAUCACUCGACAAAGAAGGAUGCAGCAGCCUCAGUAUUGAGCCGCCCGGAAUACGACACUUUGACGUUCCGCAUCAAGAAAUGCCCGAUUGUCAUCCUGCCCGUCCACAGGCCCGAGGGGUACCAGGCCUUCCUCGUCAAGUUCGACGAGCUGAGGGCCUUCGUGACAACUCUUGAGGAGUACAAGGAGAAGGGAGAGAAUGCUGAGCCUGUGCUGGCAUGGAGCCUCCACCCAGACAUGCUUGAGGAGAAGGGCAUGGCAUUGGCCAGAGCUGAUUUUGUGGCGUCAUGUCUGACCAAGGAUGAAGCGAACAAACUGAUAGCUGACUUGACUUACUGCUAUGUUGACAGCAAGAUGUUCAAAGAAGUCAUGAAACUAAAUCAGAAUCCGACAGAAUUUGACUGGAAUGAUUUUGUGCAAAAACUAGGCCAGAGGCACACGCCAUAG